AUAUAUAUAUAUACACACACGCCUCCCGUGCCUACUUUCCGCCUUUCUCUCUUGUUCGAUUCCAUCUCCAUCUCUCUUAGUAAUUACAGUUGUAGCGUAGCUUCUUGGUCGUCGCACGUCUUCUUUUUAGCUUCUUCUUCUUCUUCUUAGCUUCUUCCUCCUCCUCCUCCUUAAGCUGCUGCUGCUCAACCUGCCGCCGGGGGGAUGUCGGCGUCGGCGGACCACCAAGCUGGCGGAAGCAGCAGCAGCUUAUUAAGGAGGCGGAGGUCCGUCGAGGUGGACUUCUUCUCCGACGUCGGCAAGGACAAGGAGAAGAUGCCCGACCCGCCGCCUAGCCCGCCGGGGGGCCUCGGCCUCGCCAUCAAGGAGGACCUCACCAUUAACCUCCUUGUUCCCGCGGCGACCCGACGAGACCACGAGGACAAGAAGACGAUGGCGGUGCAGCAGCAGCAGCAGCUGCCGGCCUUGCAGGCGGAGCUUGGGCGCAUGAACGAGGAGAACCACCGCCUGCGGGGGAUGCUCGCGCAGGUCACCACCAGCUACCAGGCGCUCCAGAUGCAUCUGCUGGCGCUGCAGAUGCAGCAGCCGACGAUCCCCCAGCAGCAGCCGCCGCCGCCGCCGUCCAAUAACUCGUCGACGGAGGUGGUGGGCAGCCCGCGGCGGUCGUCGUCCGCCACCGGCAACAACAAGGACCUGCGGCAGGCGCCGGACAGCCCGGACGCCGCGGCCGCGGGGUGGCUGCCGGCGCAGGGGCGGCAGCAGGAGGCCAGCAUGAGUAAGGCUCGCGUCUCGGUGCGCGCGCGCUCCCAAGCUCCAAUCAUCGCCGAUGGUUGCCAGUGGCGCAAGUACGGGCAGAAGAUGGCCAAGGGCAACCCCUGCCCGCGAGCCUACUACCGCUGCACCAUGGCCAACGCCUGCCCCGUCAGGAAGCAGGUGCAGCGCUGCGCCGAGGACCGCUCCAUCCUCAUCACCACCUACGAGGGCACGCACAACCACCCGCUGCCGCCCGCCGCCAUGGCCAUGGCCUCCACCACCUCCGCCGCGGCCUCCAUGCUGCUCUCGGGAUCCAUGCCCAGCGCCGACGGCACCAACAGCUUCCUGGCGCGCGCCGUGCUGCCCUGCUCCUCCAGCAUGGCCACCAUCUCCGCCUCGGCGCCGUUCCCCACCGUCACGCUCGACCUCACCACCCACGGCCCGCCGCCGUUCCACCUGCCGCAUGCGCAGCCGCCGCUCUACUCGGACAACCACUCCUCCUCCACCACCAAGUUCUCCGGCCUGCACAUGUCCUCGUCGGAUACACAACAUGCACCAUCAGCAGCAGACGCGGCGACCUGCAGGCCACCACCGCCGAUCGGGAUCGACGACACCGUCAGCGCCGCGGCGGCCGCCAUCACAGCGGACCCCAACUUCACGGUGGCGCUGGCGGCGGCCAUCACGUCCAUCAUAGGAGGCGGCGGCCGCGGCCAUCAUCAUCACCACCACGGGCUGCAGCAGGCCGGCGCCAACAACAACAGCAACAACAACAAUGUCACGAGCAGCAGCAACAACACGGCGACCAGCAACAACACCAACAGCGAAACCCAGUGAACACAACACACAUUUAUAUAUCUAUAUAUCAUCAGAUUAGUAGCAGCUAGCUCAAAUUUUGAUGAUUUUAAUUUGCAUUACCUUGCAUUGCAGCAGCAAAAGUUGUAUUCAUUAAUUCAUUACGUCGUGUUUAAUUUCUUGCUGAUUAUAUAUACAGUACUCUAGAGUUUAGUUAGCUUCUGCGUGCAUGCUGCCAAGGCAGGCAUGCAUAUGCAGCUAGGUGUUGAUAUAUACGUACUUCAUAUAAUAAAUACAAUGCCAGCUACUCCUUGUAUAUGUAAUAAUAGCAGGUCGACUAUUCUAUUCUAUUCUA